AAAAAUUGUAAACAGGGUAUUUUGUCCCGUGUCCAAGUGAGAUAGACUUGAAGUUUAUGUAACCGAGUGGGAAAAUUGUCAGCUCAAUUUCAGAGCAAAAAUGGCUGCUGCUGCUUUGCUAUCCUUCCACACUGUUUCUCCGUUUCCGCCGAUCCUUUCCUCCCCAAUAAUUACCAUAAAGCCACGAGCUGUCCUCAACGAAGCUCGCAAAAUGCGAGUCCCAUAUGAGUUGAAGCAGGGACAGUCCCGUCUUUUCCACGAGCUCCCUUCUGGGCUGAACAUGGAGGUAAUUAUGCAGAAAGGUGCUGCGGACGAGAGAAAUAAGAGAAAAAUUGAGAACCCACCUCUGAUUUUUGUCCAUGGAAGCUACCACGCUGCUUGGUGCUGGGCUGAGCAUUGGAUACCAUUCUUUUCAGCUUCUGGGUACGAUUGCUAUGCCAUUAGCUUGUUAGGCCAGGGUGAAAGCGAUGAACCUGCUGGUUCUGUUGCAGGAACACUCCAGGUAUAUCAGCACACCAUCAGUGAUGUUGCUGACUUUAUUCGUAGAAAACUCAUGUCACCACCAGUUUUGCUUGGACAUUCAUUUGGGGCUCUUAUUAUUCAGUACUAUAUUGCAAAUAUUAAGAAUGACCAAUUCUUAGAUUUGGAAAAUUUGUACCCAAAACUUGCUGGUGCUGUUCUUGUCUGCUCUGUUCCUCCUUCAGGUAAUAGUGGCUUAAUUUGGCGCUAUCUCUUUACAAAGCCCGUUGCUGCUUUUAAGGUAACGCGUAGCUUAGCAGCAAAAGCUUUUCAAACUUCUCUUCCUCUCUGUAAAGAGACAUUUUUCUCUGCAGCAAUGGAGGAUCAUCUGGUUCUACGUUACCAGGAACUAAUGAAAGAAAGUUCAAGAAUGCCGUUAUUUGAUCUGAGGAAGCUGAAUGCAUCACUUCCAGUUCCUUCAGUUCCAAAAUCUUCUAUUGAACUUCUUGUACUGGGUGCAAACGAUGAUUUCAUUGUGGAUGGUGAAGGUCUGAAAGAAACAGGAACAUUUUAUGGCGUUUCACCCAUUAGUGUUGAAGGGGUUGCCCAUGACAUGAUGUUGGACUGUUCAUGGGAGAAAGGUGCAAAUGUUAUUCUAUCAUGGCUAAGUGGUUUGAGCACUAUAAGAUAACAAAAUUUUCAUCUUAGCAUGUCAUUUUUCUCAUUCCAUGCAAAGUCUUGUCUUCUUCCAAAAUAGGUCACAUUCUGAAGGAAGGGAAUAGAUUCAAGUUUUCUACUAGAAUUUGGAUGACUUUAGUACCUAGACCAUUAUGAAAUUAUGUAGUUCAAGCGCAUUCCUUGUAUUUCCUUUUUACAUGAAAAUGUUGGCUCUUGAGUUGUAUGAUAUGAUGAACAAGAUGAAUAUUUUGAUCAAUGAGAGGAACUUGUUUUUGUUUGUUUA